GCUGUAUCCGACAAAACGAGCCAGAGUUCAUGGCCGUGUCCAUUCAGCUGAUCGAGGAGUUUAUACAGCUUUGCGAUGGCAUGGUGGUGAUUUUGACUUGGUCCUACCUGCAGCGGCUGUGGUGCGUCUACGAGUGGGCGUGCUUUCUGGUCUUUCACGAGCCACACGACCUGGUCAUCUGUGCUGAGUCCCUCUACCGUGCCGGGACAGAGGAGCGCUUCCUGGAGUCCGUGCGCCACUUCUCUGUGAGGAGCUGCCAGUGUUCAGAUCCGGCGGAUCGAAGUGUGCUGAGACAGAAGAUCAGUGAGUACUACGGUUGCUGCGAGAACUUCGAGCGGUUCUUGCGUGUCUCAGUCAUUGCCAUCACAGUGCGCUGCCUGGCAGCCCGUGCUGCUCGCAACCACCUUUGCAUUGGGAAGUGGAUCUCGCUGGCGGAAGAGCUGGGUCUGAAGGAGUUGGCAGCUGGCCUUCAAAAAGCCGCUCCUCAGGCUUGGCGCCAACAAGCAAUGGAGGAGCAAGUUUCAGAUAUGCAGUUUUACAUCAAGGCCCAAAGCGACACCUGGUUUGCCGAGCACAUGUUUCCAAUCCUAGCGGCGGAGCGGCGCCGUGCUGUUCAAAGACACAUCUUCCGCACGAUGAUUCUUCGCAAGGAAACUGUCCGCAGAGCGCUGAGCGACUCGAACUUCAAGCAGCCAACUCUCAAAGCCGGCAGGGCCUUGAGAGUCAGACACAAAUUAGCGCCCGCUACAGCAUGAGGCGAAUUUUAAGUGUCUGAAGCUGAGUGAUACACUGGUCACAUUGCAAGAUUGUGUUGCUUGUGUUCUUGGGCUUGGCGCACUCAGCCACUCGAUCCGAUGGACCGUAUGGCCGAAGCCAAAUGCAUGAGAUGUAGUUCUACUUGUUUGCAAAAGUCGAUUCCUGCUCCCUUGCGGAGAGAAUCGAGAACGGGCGGGUUGAAUCCUGCAGUGAGCUUGGCAAAAGGCCGGCAUACGCUUGCCGUGGCAUGUGUCAAGCUUGCUGUUUCAGGCGGAAGCAC